AUGGCAUUUCGUCUAACGGGGGGCACAAAAGAUUACAUUGUAAUUGGUUCAGACUCUGGCCGGAUUGUUAUAUUAGAAUACAUACCAGCUAAGAAUAUACUAGAAAAGGUGCAUCAAGAAACAUUUGGUAAAUCAGGCUGCAGAAGAAUUGUACCUGGCCAAUAUUUAGCUAUUGACCCUAAGGGCAGAGCUGUUAUGAUUGGUGCCAUAGAAAAACAGAAACUAGUAUACAUUUUGAACAGAGAUGCUGAGGCCCGUUUGACUAUAUCAUCUCCGUUAGAAGCUCAUAAAUCCAAUACACUGGUAUAUCACAUGGUUGGUGUAGAUGUCGGUUUUGAAAACCCCAUGUUUGCCUGCUUAGAAAUUGAUUAUGAAGAAGCUGAUUCUGACCCUACUGGUGAAGCUGCUCAGAAGACCCAGCAGACAUUGACAUUUUACGAACUUGACUUGGGUCUUAACCAUGUCGUGCGCAAAUAUUCUGAACCCUUAGAAGAACACGCUAAUUUUCUCAUAACAGUCCCUGGUGGAAAUGAUGGACCAUCUGGAGUACUAAUUUGUUCAGAAAACUACCUCACAUACAAGAAUUUAGGAGACCAGCAUGACAUUAGAUGUCCUAUCCCACGCCGAAGGAAUGACUUAGAUGAUCCUGAAAGGGGAAUGAUUUUUGUGUGUUCUGCUACUCAUAAAACCAAGUCUAUGUUCUUUUUCCUUGCACAAACUGAGCAGGGUGAUAUAUUUAAAAUUACAAUUGAAACAGAUGAAGAUAUGGUCACUGAAAUUAAACUUAAAUACUUUGAUACUGUUCCUGUUGCUACAUCUAUGUGUGUUUUGAAGACUGGAUUUUUAUUUGUUGCAUGUGAAUUUGGCAACCAUUAUUUGUACCAAAUUGCACAUUUGGGUGAUGAAGAUGAUGAGCCAGAAUUUAGCUCUGCCAUGCCGUUAGAAGAGGGAGACACAUUCUUCUUUGCACCCAGACCACUAAGGAAUUUGGUGUUGGUUGAUGAAUUGGACUCUCUUUCACCAAUUUUGGCUUGUCAAGUGGCUGAUUUGACUGGUGAAGAUACACCUCAAGUUUAUUUAGCAUGUGGGCGUGGCCCUAGAUCUUCUUUAAGAGCAUUGAGGCACGGACUUGAAGUGGCUGAAAUGGCUGUCUCUGAAUUACCAGGUUCUCCUAAUGCUGUGUGGACUGUGAGGAGACAUAAAGAUGAAUCUGCUUUCGGCCACGAUUAUGAUUCUUACAUCAUUGUGUCGUUCGUAAACGCUACGCUUGUGCUCUCUAUCGGUGAAACGGUCGAAGAAGUGACGGAUUCUGGUUUCCUGGGGACCACACCGACUUUGAGUUGUCACGCUCUGGGCAGUGAUGCAUUGGUCCAAGUGUAUCCAGAUGGCAUAAGGCACAUUCGUUCUGACAAACGUGUGAACGAAUGGAAAGCUCCCGGCAAGAAGUCCAUUGUGAAAUGUGCAGUAAAUCAAAGACAAGUAGUAAUUGCGUUGACUGGUGGGGAGUUGGUUUACUUUGAAAUGGACCCUACUGGACAACUAAAUGAAUACACUGAGAGGAAGAAAUUGUCAUCAGAUGUAUCUUGUAUGGCAUUAGGAUCGGUAGCAACUGGAGAACAGAGAGCUUGGUUCUUAGCAGUUGGUCUAAGUGACAAUACUGUUAGGAUUAUUUCAUUGGACCCAGCUGACUGUCUUUCACCAAGAUCCAUGCAAGCCCUACCAGCUAGCCCCGAGUCUUUAUGCAUUGUAGACCAACCGUUUGAAUCGGGCGCUAAAUCUGCAUUACAUUUAAACAUUGGCUUAAGUAAUGGUGUAUUAUUGAGGACCACUUUAGAUUCUGUCAGUGGAGAUUUGGCUGAUACUAGAACUAGGUACUUGGGUUCGCGACCUGUAAAGCUGUUUAAAGUACGUGUUCAAUCUACGGAAGCAGUAUUGGCUGUCUCAUCAAGAACAUGGUUGGGCUAUCAAUAUCAAAACAGAUUCCACCUCACGCCACUCUCGUAUGAAUGCUUGGAAUAUGCAGCAGGUUUCAGUUCAGAACAAUGUACUGAGGGUAUAGUAGCGAUUUCUUCAAAUACGUUGCGAAUUUUGGCUUUGGAAAAAUUGGGUGCUGUCUUCAAUCAGAACUUCGUGCCUCUUGAAUACACUCCUAGGAAGUUCCUCAUCAACGGCGAAACCAAUCAUAUUAUCAUCCUGGAAACUGACCAUAACUCUUACACGGAAGAAAUGAAGAAACAGCGAAGGGUUCAAAUGGCUCAAGAAAUGCGUGAAGCAGCAGCUGGCGGAGGACCGGAGGAGCAGCAAUUAGCCAAUGAAAUGGCUGAUGCUUUCCUCUCAGAUGUUUUACCAGAAAAUGUAUUUUCUUCCCCAAAAGCUGGAGCAGGAAUGUGGGCGUCUCAGAUUAGAGUAGUAGAUAUGAGCACUGGUCAACCCAACACCUUGUGCAAGUUACCCCUUGAGCAGAACGAAGCUGCAGUAUCCCUAUGCCUCUUGCGUUGGGCAGCCCAUGGAGAACAUGGUAUCACUCACCUCGUGGUUGGUGUCGCUAAAGACAUGAUCUUAUCACCUCGCUCUUGCACUGAGGGUAGUUUACACGUAUACAAGAUAUACAAUACAGGAAAAUUAGAAUUAGUACACAAAACUCCCAUCGAUGAAUAUCCAGGCGCCUUAGCGGCGUUCAAUGGGCGUCUCGUCGCUGGUGUCGGCCGCAUGUUGCGUCUAUACGACAUCGGGCGGCGGAAGCUCUUAAGAAAAUGCGAAAACAGGCACAUUCCAAACCUCGUAGCUGAUCUAAAAACCACAAGGCAGAGAAUAUUUGUCUCGGAUGUACAGGAAUCUAUAUUCUGUGUUAAGUACAAGAAGCGAGAGAACCAACUCAUUAUUUUCGCGGACGAUACCAACCCAAGGUGGAUUACGAAUACGUGUAUUCUAGACUAUGAUACGGUGGCCAUGUCUGACAAGUUUGGGAACGUUGCCAUAAUGAGGUUACCGCAGUCUGUCAGUGAUGACGUAGAUGAAGACCCAACGGGGAAUAAGGCGCUAUGGGACAGAGGUCUAUUAAAUGGAGCGUCUCAGAAAGGCGACAUGGUGGCGAAUUUCCACGUAGGCGAAACUGUUACCUCAUUGCAAAGGGCGACACUGAUCCCUGGCGGUUCUGAAGCCCUAUUAUAUGCAACGCUGAGUGGGUCUUUGGGUGUACUCCUGCCUUUCACGUCGAGAGAAGACCAUGAUUUCUUCCAACACCUGGAAAUGCAUAUGAGAAGUGAAAACCCGCCGUUGUGUGGCAGAGACCAUUUGUCAUUUAGGAGCUAUUAUUAUCCAGUUAAGAAUGUGAUCGACGGAGACUUGUGUGAACAGUUCAACUCAUUGGAACCGGCGAAACAAAAAGCUAUCGCUGGGGACCUCGAACGGACGCCUGCAGAAGUGUCCAAGAAACUGGAAGAUAUUAGGACUAGAUAUGCGUUCUAA